AUGGAUGAACCAGGACAAUUUGGUGUAUGUUUAAACAAUUCGCAGUGUCGUGUAAUCUCAAUCAGUGCACAGGUGCCACUAUCAUGGGCCUUACCGCUAUACGGUUAUGUGAUGCCAUUUAUUGUUACCGUAACGCUGGCAACAAAUUCAUUCAUUGUGCUGGUUUUAUCGAAGAAAGACUUACGUACCCCGACCAAUUAUGUGCUGCUGGCAAUGGCUCUUUCGGAGCUACUCACUGGUCUAUCGUGCUUUCCCUGGCUGCUCUAUUACUACACUUUCCAUGGUUUCGAGACCGAUCAAGAGAGUGGCCUACCAGCGUUCUGGUGCACAAUGUUUCCGUAUAUGGCCUUUAUAUUACCGUCCAUUUUUCAUACUAUUGCAAUCUGGUUGACUGUUUACUUGGCUGUACAACGCUAUAUCUAUAUUUGUGUUCCAACUUUGGUGCAUGGUUACUGUACGAUAAGAAGGAGUAAACAGGUAAUCCUGAUGAUUUGUUUUACGGCUGUCUGGAUAUACGCACCCGAUACGUUCGCCACCUAUAAUCGCUCAUUAACAGAGUAUGAUCAUAAACUGAACAUGCGCAUGAAAGAGUUCAUGAUCAGUCAAAAGAAUAAAGCAACAGGAACAAUAAAAUUGUGUGUUCGUAUGCGUACAUGGUUUAUUGGUGCACUCGGUGACGACGUUUAUUACUUCAUGGUUUACGGCUUGCACACCAUCGUUGAUGUGAAGACUGAUUCGGAUACAAAGAAUAACGAUAACAACAAUAAUAAGGAUCAUCAAAAUAAAAAGCGUGAAUUGCGUGUUUAUCGUAUCAAAGCUGGAUUAUCCGAAUCCAAACGAGUUCAAGGCCUUAAACAAAAUACACGUAUGUUAAUAGUGGUAAUACUUCUAUUCCUAGUAACUGAAAUACCGGCUGCUUUAAUAUUCGCCACUCAUGUUGGUGCUGUUGGAUUGCACAUUGAAGCCAUUCUAAAGUACUACGGUCUUAUCAAUAAACUACUCAUAGUCAGAAACGUUCUCAUCGUUAUUUCCUAUCCGUUUCGAUUUGCCAUCUACUGUGGAAUGUCUCAACAGUUUCGAGAGGUUGUCCAGCAGAUGUUCACCACUAAGGUUUACUAUUAUCAUUAA